GGGCCUCGGUCCUUCUGGACCCACGGGGACACGGACCGACCCUGACCCGGCGGAGAUUUCACGGGCUUCGGCAGAGGGAGCCGCGCCGGACGCACGCUGGGCACCAUGAGCAAGUCGAUCGCCUUCGACAAUUCCAAAGUAGAGCUUCAUCUCCACCUGGAUGGAGCCAUCAAUGUUAAAACCAUCUUAUACUAUUCCAAGAAGAGGGGGAUCCCCCUCCCAGCUGACACGGAAGAGGAGCUGCAGAAAAUCAUUGGCAUGGACAAUCCAACCAGCCUCCCAGACUUCCUGACCAAGUUCAAUAUCUACAUGCCCGUAAUUGCGGGCUGCAGGGAGGCCAUCAAAAGGAUAGCCUAUGAGAUUGUGGAGAUGAAGGCCAAGGAGCGUGUGGUGUACAUGGAAGUGCGCUACAGCCCCCACCUGCUGGCCAACUUCAAAGUGGAUCCCAUCCCCUGGAACCAGGCCGAAGGGGACCUCACCCCAGAUGAAGUGGUUGACCUAGUGAACCAGGGUCUGCGGGAGGGGGAGCAAGCCUUCAAUGUCAAGGUCCGGUCCAUCCUGUGCUGCAUGCGCCACCAGCCCAGCUGGUCCCUCGAGGUGCUGGAGCUGUGUAAGAAGUACCAUCAGAACACUGUGGUGGCCAUUGACCUAGCUGGGGAUGAGACCAUUGUAGGAAGCAGCCUCUUCCCGGGCCACAGGGCAGCCUAUGAGGAGGCCGUAAAGAGUGGUAUCCAUCGCACGGUCCAUGCUGGGGAAGUGGGCUCUGCGGAGGUGGUGAGAGAGGCUGUGGAUGUCCUCAAGACUGAGAGGGUGGGACAUGGCUACCACACCGUGGAGGAUGAGGCCCUUUACCAGAGGCUGCGACGGGAGAACAUGCACUUUGAAGUCUGCCCCUGGUCCAGCUACCUCACAGGCGCCUGGAACCCGAAAACGGAGCAUGCAGUUGUUCGCUUCAAGAACGAUCAGGCUAACUACUCAAUCAACACGGAUGACCCUCUCAUCUUCAAGUCUACCCUGAACACUGAUUACCAGAUUAUCAAAGGGGACAUGGGCUUUACUGAGGAGGAGUUUAAGCGGCUGAACAUCAAUGCAGCAAAGUCCAGCUUCCUCCCAGAGGACGAAAAGAGGGAGCUCCUCGACCGGCUCUAUAAAGACUACAACAUGUCACCCCAGAAGGCUGCAGGGCAGGACCCCUGAAGAGGACUUGGCUACCUCUGAGCCCUCACCCUGUGGAUGGUAUCUUCACAACUCCGUGGGAUCAAGUGACACUCUGACCUUUAUUUCUUCCAGGAAGACUGAGCCAACCGUCAGCUCCUGAUGCUCUUAUAGCUGUAAGCCUGUCUGUGUACAGACAGACCUUUGUAGGGCCUUGUCUCUCCUCUGAUCAUGUACCAACGGCACAUACGAAUCUGGAACCUCCUCCUAAGGUGAUUCAUGCUAAAAAAAAAAAAUCUGGUGUUCAAUAAAGCAGCUGGUGACUGGUGUGGUGCAGCACA